AUGGUCACGAUGGUCCCACAAGAAGCAACUGGCAUAAAGGUAGACACAACAGGGGAGAAUGGCUGGCACGGGGGGGACACAGGCGCCGGUCUAAAAAACGGCAUUAACGCGUCGCAUGUGAAUUCCUUCCGUAUUUCUGCGGUAAUCGAUUGUUUAGCGCUUCAUGUACGCAGCCACCACAAGGGUGAUGCCGUUGAGUUCUUAAACCUAUGCCUUUCCCUCGCUAGAGGUAUUGAUUUUGCCAUUGCAAACCAUGAGGUUCCAAGUAGAGCUGAAGAGUUGCCUUCACUAGUAAAGCAGGUGUGCCAAUGUAAAAAUGAUACCCUCGUUCUGGCAGCUAUUAUGGUCCUGAUGAUUUCCGUUAAGAAUGCUUGCCAAAGUGGGUGGUUUCCAGAUAGAGAUUCCGAAGAGCUCAUAAAUUUGACAAAGGAGAUCGCAAACAAUUUUGGUAGCGUAUCACAUUUUAAUGCUGAGUCAGUCUGUUCUGUUUCUGUUAUCUCAACAAUCAUGUCAAGAUUCUAUCCAAGAAUGAAAAUGGGUCAUAUGUUUGUUUUUCUCGAAGUCAAGCCUGGAUUUGAUGCUUAUGUGAGUGAUUUCCAGAUUUCAAAGAAUCUAAAGUCUUCUCCAGGGGACAAGAUAAGGUUAUUUGUUGCUCAAACAGACAGUAUUGAGACAUCUUCCUGCCUCAUUAGCCCCCCCAAAGUGAACUUUCUCUUGAACGGAAAGGCGGUGGAGAGGAGGAGUAGUCUUGUCAUGGAUACUGGUCCACAGAUACCAACAGCAGUUACACAUUUGCUGAAAUAUGGGUCGAAUCUUCUUCAGGCUGUUGGGGAAUUUAAUGGAAACUAUUUGGUUGUAGUUGCUGUCAUGAGUGAGAUGCCAAACGCUGAUAGUAAUGCACUUCAAGAUUAUGAGCAGCAUGCUCCUUCAUCUGUGGAUUCAGAUUCUGAAAUAAUUGAGGGGCCAUCACGGAUAUCACUGAAUUGCCCUAUUAGCUUCAGGCGUAUCAGAACUCCUGUCAAAGGACAUUCUUGCAAGCAUAUUCAGUGUUUUGAUUUUGAUAACUAUGUGGACAUAAAUUCAAGAAGACCCUCCUGGCGCUGUCCGCACUGUAAUCAGCAUGUCUGCUUUGCUGAUAUUCGUAUUGACCAAAAAAUGGUGAAGGUACUGAAAGAAGUUGAAGCAAAUGUCUCCGACAUAGUUUUCUCCUCAGACGGGUCAUGGCAAGCUGUUAAGAACAGUGAUGCUGCGAUUCAGAAACCAGAGAAGAAGACCUCUAUCACUGAAAACAAUGACUCUCCAGAGCCUGUGGAUGUACUGGAUCUCACUCAGACUGAUGAUGCAAUGGAUAAUACCAUCACUUGUGAAACCGAAGACAGAAAACUUUCGCAAACUGCUUGUCAAAGUCAAUCUGUGACGCAGACUAUGGCAGUCAACCCCCUUAUUGCCAACACAAAUUAUGUUAAUACAAGUAGCACUGAUGUUGAGUAUGACUUUUGGUCUGGAGUUUAUUUAUCAACCUUUGGACUGGCGUCAUCAAAUUUUCCAUCAAAUGAAUUGGUUGCUGCCGUUUCUGUCUCCACUUCAAAUUUUAUUGCAUCACCUCCUGGUUUGACUGAUUCCUUUGUUAGUCCAAAUGGAGAAGUUGAGGCUUUCCCUGGUAAUUCUUUAAUGCCCGCCUCUGUGCCGCAAAGUGAAGCCUCUUUGCCACAUACAUCGCAAUUGCAGCAGUGUCAAUUUGGAAAUGUAACUAUUACUAAUGAGUACGGGAGGCUCCAAUCCAUACCGAGGCAUAUAACCAGAUUACCAAGUGCAGUUCAGGCCCUUCCUGUUCAGGCCUCAAGUUCUGUCCUUCAACAAAUGUCUAGAGAUAAUGUCAAUGCUCUUAUCCAUAAUGGCCUUUCUGCAGCUUCACAAGCCUCACCUGCUUCACCAAUGAUCUCCAACCCAGUGCUUCAUCCAAGUCCGCUUCAGCUGUCACAGAUGUCUUCAUCACCAUUACAUCACUAUCCUCGUAUACAGCAAACUCGUCCAUUUCCCUAUGUUUCACCGCCACAGCAAAACAUUGUCCUUCAGGCCUCAGGUCAGGUCCCAAACGCCCCGAGAGUCUUGAACCAAAGAUCAAGUCAGCAGAUGACGAACUUCAGGAUGCCUCGAUCAAUGAGCCAAUCUCUGGACACGAACAUAUCAUCAAUCCAAUCACCUGCCAGCUUGUUGCGGACCCAAAGCGAUGUGGGAGUUUCACAAGACAGAAUUGUUCAUACAACAGAAUUAGUCAGUGGUCAACACCCUCCUAGAACCGCACUUGCUGACAGAACUAGGGCUGUUGAUACAUCAGGAGCUGCACUGUCAUAUUCAACCACCUCUGAUCGCAGAAUGCCAUCAGUGAGUGACCAGCGGAGCAACUUUGGAAUUGCAUCGCAGCCAAGCACGAGCACUGGUGCUUAUGAUCCAGGUGAGCAGAACUGGCGCCCUGCUGUCAGAAUGCGUGGGGCCCUAUCAGGGCAGGCUUACACUAAUGCACUCAACCAGUACAUUAUUCGGGCUAACCAACAAACCCAAGUGGUGAGGCCAACCUCAAAUGUGACGUCUGUUCCGGAUAAUGUCCCAGCUCUAAGUUAUCCUUCUGCAAGACCAGGUAGCAGGCCUGGUGGUUUGGACUCUUUGCCGAACAGAUCAUCUGGAAUGCAGUGACAUAGGGGGAGGUAGCUGAACAAUCUGUAUGUAGAAUGGUCAGUUUGCUUGCCCCCUGGCAGCAUCUUGUACAUGAAUGGUAAAUGCUGUAUGUUUUUGAACUUGGUAUUGCAUUAGUCACUUUUAAAGGCAUGGUCUAUGUAGAUAGAUGAAGUUCUGAAGGGAUUGCAGCUAUUAGGGCCACUAAUGCGUAUAUUCAAAGGAAGCAAACAAGAAAUGCGAGAAAUUAGUAUAAAAGUUAGUAGAUGAGUGCCGGUGUUCAUGCUAUUUGAAUCAUAACUUAGCUAUACAUUUAUGGUCCCCUUUACAUUGGUUGAUAC